AUGGGUUUUGCCGAAGAGAAAGUGUACGACUACAUUCUGAAAAACCUCCGGAAUUUCAAGAACAUCCGUGUGGCGUCGCUGGCCGAUUCCCUGAGGUGCCUGACCGACGCUGACAGAGAUGAACUUUACUCCCGGGAGGAGAUGCGGGGGAGCCAGGCGACGGCCUAUAGGUUUUACCAGCACCUGAAGUGCCGGCAGGGCUGGGUGCCGGAUCUCAUCGACGCUCUGCGCCAGAACAACGCGGGGCACCUGGCCGAUGAGCUGCAGCACGUCUAUGACACCUGGCAAACCCCCAUCAUGCCAAGACCUGCCUGCCGGUGGCUGGCCGGGGGCUGUCCACCUCUCCCGCCCAGUGCUGUCACCACCACGAGCACAGACCUGGAUGCCCGGGCCCCAGUGCAGGAAUCGCUCCCCAAAAACCUGGAGCAAGACAGUCCCCGGCCACCUCCACCUGGGAGCGCGGUCUGUGAUGAAGCAAGUGAUGGGCACGGCAAAGAGGAGCAUCUCCCGCACCCCAUCGAGGCUGUCCAGAUGGCACAGCCGGUGUGCGUGGACAACGGGUGUUUCGGGAAUGCCAACCACCUGCACCGCGGCACGCCGGGCUUGGGUCUCAGCAGGUCUCUUCUGUGGAGGGACACGGGCACUCCUCGCAGCUCCUCGCAGCCCAGGAACGAGCCCCAAGAGGACUUUUAUGUCUCCACUGAGUCGCCCCCGACGUUGGAGGAGCCUGCUCGCAGUGGGGGGCCGCAGCCCCCAGACUCGCUGCCAAAAAAUCAAGCUGUGCCUGGCGCCGUGCAGGACGAGCCCCCAGGCAGCUUUGUGGAUGUGCGCAGCCCCCUCCUCAUACAGCAGCAGUUUGACGCGGAGCAGAAGCGGGUCAGGAUGCUGCAGGAGCACGGAGGAGGUGGAGACACUUGGAUGGAAACAGCUACCACGGUCGAUACGCUUGUAGCCAGAGACGCUUCCCCAUCCUGCGACACCUCCCUGAAGCCACUGAUACAAGAGAAGAAACUUCCCAUGGGGGAGAUGGCCAGCAGCACCCCCUUCAUGCCGACGAAGGAGAAAGUGCUCCCAGCCUCGGCAGACCCUCUCCCGGCUGCUGCACGAAGCUCUGAAGGCACGUUUGGGAGGACGGCAUCCCGGGUGAGCUCUACCACGACCAUCUGGGCGCCUUGCAGCAACAUGGAGAGGGAUGAUUUGGAGCCCAGCAAGCCGGGCAUCCUCCUCUCCGUGGCUGGGGAGAGCCCAGUGGCGGCUGGCAGAUGCCUGAGCUCUCAGGGGCCUGGCGGCACGUCUGGUAGCCUCAGCUUCAGCAGCGACCCGCUCAUGGUGAGCAUGGAUAGCUCCAGCUCAGGAGAGCUCUCCAGAGUCUCCGCAGGAUGCCCAGCUCCAGCAGCUCAUGAAGACCCUGGGGGAGAGGAGGCAGCUGGAGCAAGCAGAGAUUCCCGCCCCCCUCCGGGCUGGGACAGCCUCACCCACGAGGUCCGCGUGGACCACUACCCCAGCACGCAGCUCGGGGCUGGCAGCGAUCUCAGAGACGGAGCUGGUUCUUUUGGAAACCCUCCAGUUUUUGACUCAAGCAGGGGCCAGGACACUGCGACCAGCUCGUCUCAGGCCGAAGAUCCCCCAGGGGACAGCGACAGACUGUCCCUGCCAUACAUCUUUCCAGCUGUGGGCAUCGCUUUGCUGUCGACUGUGGCGUUCCUGGUGUAUACUCGGUUGCAGAAGUAG